ACCACGGGAGAAGAUGGGUUAUUUAGCCCAGCACUUAUCACCACCUCAACCCAGCACUUUGUGAGGCGGCAAUCUGCACGCAAAUGCAUUUGUCUCGAAGUUAAUUAUUAGAUGCGAGAUUCUAUUGAAUACUGUGUAGAUAUUUUUUUAAGGCGUUCGAAUGUCAUUAAAAGCUCUUUCUUUAACUUUCAUGCGAGUUGCAGUCGGGUAGAGCCAAGAUAAGCCAAAAAUAUCUUCACCAUUAUCUAACUAUAUUUGAACUCUUAACGACCUUAUAACUGCGUUCGAUAAUAUCCAGAUAAGAACCGUCGGUCAGACAGUGACUCGCAACAGUCGUGUACUUAAAGCCAUGUCUCCUUUAAUAACUGUGUCCGAGGUUAACCAUUUAUCUGAAGACCAGUUCGAGUGGAUGUUUGGUAAUGUGAUAGAACUGUGUACGGAAGCUGCGGCUAAAGCGAAGACGAAACGGCCAUUUGCGAGUGUAGACGAAUUGUGCGAGGCGUUUGCGUCGUAUUUGGAUGAGAUUACUGAAAACGAAAAGUUAGUGGUCUUGAAACUGCACCCUGACCUGGCCGGACGGCUGGCGGCGCGCGGCGAGCUGACGCGCGAGUCCACCGCGGAGCAGCGCGCAGCCGGCCUCGACCGCCUCUCGGCCGAGCAAGCGUCCCUCAUAGGCUACAGAAACGAGAAAUACAAAGCCAAGUUUGGAUUCCCGUUCAUCAUAUGUGCGAGAGAAAACAAGAUUGAUUCCAUAAUAGAAGGCUUACAGCAGCGCUACAACAACGGCCGCGCCCAGGAGAUACAAACAGGCAUCAACGAAGUCAAGAAAAUCUGCAAGCUGAGGAUUCUUGAUAUCGUCAAGCAAGAAUGAAUUAUAGUCACUUUUAAAAACAAAUUUUCUACCUGCUUCAAAUUUUCUAUACUAGGUUACUCAAUCCUUGAUCGAAAAGUGCAAUCACGUGAAAGACAUGGUUAACCCUUUGCCCGGCAAAUAGCAACCUUACUGCUUACCGGCAAGGUUCACAAUGAGUUGUAAUGGCGUUUUUCAUAAACAUGCUUCACAGCUUGUGAAGUUUUACGAAUAAGGGGGUUAGUCUAUGAAUGAGCGUUUAGUUAAGGUGGUUCGAUUUCCAUACAAAAAACGAUUGCGUUUUAUGACGUCAUUAUACACUAUUACUAUAUAAAUAUGUGCGCAUCUAUCUACUUUCGAAUAUUAGUUUGCGCUAAAUUGAUAGAAAAACUAUGUUUCGUACAGAAACCACGCAAAAAACGUUAUUUUGGUGUUACUUUGAUAGAAAAAUAUAACGUUUUUUGCGUGAUUUCUGACAACAUUUCUGAAACAUAGUUUUUCUAUCAAUUUAGCGCAAACUAAUAGUCGAAAGUAGAUAGAUGCGCACAUAUUUAUGUAGUAAUAGUAAUAGUGUGUUAUGACUUCAUAAAACGCAAUUCUUUUUUGUAUGGAAAUCGAACCACCUUAAAAGUAACCUAUUUAAUCCUGUAUGUGUAACUGUCAUACGAUCAUUGCUAUUGUUGUUCAGUUUACGUUAAAGAUUACACUUUUACAUCUUACUCCUUUGUAAAUGCGAAAAAUGUAAGCAUAUCUUUGACGAAUUGACGUCGACUGUACAGAUCAAUCAGAAGAGCUGACAUGAAUGGAACAAAUGAGUGAAUGAAAAAUAAAUGUCUGCGUGUAUAACAUGGAACAAAUGAGUGAAUGAAAAAUAAAUGUCUGCGUGUAUAACAUGGAACAAAUGAGUGAAUGAAAAAUAAAUGUCUGCGUGUAUAACAUUAACCAAUAAAAUGGCGGCUGUGACUGUAUACCGAUACAUGUAUCAUUCAUACAAUGAAAGUUUCGUUCUUCUAUUCUUUUCAACUUUCGCGAAACGACCUGUACUAUUACUAAUUAUAAUACUAUUGA